AGUCCAUUCGGUUCGACUAAUUUGAUGGAUUCUAAGAAGAGGAGAACUUUGAUCUGUGCAGUCAAUCAAGAUCCUGAGGAAGCAUUCAAAAAGACUGUAGAAGUCGAUAGGCUGAUAGACAAAUUGAGGGAAGCAAAUCCAAUUGAACUUCAGAAGCUUGUUGUUGAAAAUGUGUUGGCAUUUAAUGAGGGCUUUUGGAUACGGCUUGCAGCAAGAACUGAUACCUGCAAAUCAGAAGAUGAUAAAAAAGAUUAUGAGGAAUUGGCUAUAUCUGUAAUGAGCACAGUGGAUCGCCUUGUUCACAAGACCAAUGAGAAGAUAAAUUCAGCUACUGAUGUCCUUAAGGGGAUUCUGAAACCUGUAGUUGAUGAUGUUGUAGAAAUCCAGUGGCCUCCUAGAGAUCCUGAGUCUCUUAAAUUAAUGGAGAAAGAAAUCACUGAACGGGAACAAGACGGGCAACUGGAUGAAGGCUUCCUUUCAGAAGUUAACGCGCAACUAAGACAAGCAAAAGAAGAUGGAGAUAAGCCAGGGCUUGAGGCUAUGUUACAAAAGGUUUUACAACUAUAUGCUUCUAAAGUUCUAUCCAAACGCAGUUAUGCAAAGAAAGGGGAUGAAAUUCUGAAGGCUGAGGAGUUUCUUGAAUCCAUAAUUAAAGCUCCUGAGGAAGAAUGGAACAAGCUAUUGCUCAAUGGAUUGUCAAUUGGCAAAGGUGAAAUUCCACCACCUGACCUCUAUGCUGUCAUUAAGAAAAGGAUUGAACGAACUCUGAUCCGAACGGAGGGUGGUUCUUACCAGCAGCGUGUUCUUUCCGAGUACCUGAAUGGCAUUCAAUCGAGAGCAGAGCAAGUUGUCCAAGUACUAGAGGGCAAGCUGCAAUAGGUGUACAUGUUCAUGAUUUGAAAGUGGACUUGGGACUGGUAGCAUGCACAAAGAUAUCUGAUUCUCAGAAUUAAGCUAAGAGAAAUUCAGAGUUUGGAAGUUCAUAUAUGCAUAGGAAGUCAGGUAAUUGCGCAAUCUGGCCAGAUACCAUGUGCAUAGUUUGAG